AUGAACAACCAAGCAUACUUGCCUCCUCAGGUGCCAAAGUCGCCGGGUCAAGUGGGGGGUGUGUCCCUAGCGCUGGGAAGCGGAAAUACUGUCGCACUGGGACUGCCAGUGCCAAUGGGCCAGUCUCUGGGUCUGGGUCAGAGCAGUGGAGCUACUUAUCAAAACCAAGUCUCCAAUGCUGGCCGUAGAAGACAGGCGAGUGACUACAAGUUCGGCACUAGGAUUGGGGAGGGUUCGUACUCCACUGUGUUCUCAGCGCUUGACAUCCACAACAAUAAGACAUACGCCAUAAAGGUGUUGUCCAAAAGGCACAUCGUGAAGGAAGACAAAAUCAAAUACGUAAACAUUGAAAAAAUUACCUUACACAGACUUGGCCAGCAGCACCCCGGGAUAGUCCAAUUGUACUAUACAUUCCAAGACGACUCGUCGUUGUUCUUCGUGUUGGACUUUGCGGAGUAUGGGGAAUUACUCCUGAUCAUAAGAAAGUUUGGCUCAUUACUGGAACUGGUGCUGAAGUUUUACAUGUGCCAGAUCAUCGACGCUGUCCAAUUCAUCCAUCUGAAGGGCAUAAUUCAUAGAGAUUUGAAGCCAGAGAACAUCUUGGUGGGGUAUGAUUUCAAUUUGAAAAUUACAGACUUCGGUGCCGCUAAGUUGAUGGACACAGACGAGCAGGAGGGUGAGAAAAUAGACUAUGGCAGCGUCCAGGACAGUAACAGUACUCCAACUCCACCACCGCCUCCGCAGAGUUCCAAGGGUUCCUUUGUCGGAACUGCUGAGUACGUUUCUCCAGAAUUACUUAAGUACAAUACAUGCGGUUUGGAACUGGAUAUUUGGGCCAUUGGGUGUAUUUUGUUUCAAUUUUUCAACGGAAAUCCACCAUUUAAGGGUACGACUGAGUUUUUAACAUUUGAAAAAAUUAUAAAUGUCGAUUUCAGUUACCCUACUCCAUUAAGCCCACAAGUUUCUGGGAUUAUUGACGAGAUUUUCCAAGUAGAGCCUCAAAAUAGGCCAUCUCUCUUGCAGAUCAUGGCAAUGCCAUGGUUCAAAGAUGUAAAAUGGGAUGACCAGGGAUAUAUUUGGGGCAGGAAAGUUCCAAGGUUUGAACCAUACGUUGCAUCUAAAGCAGUAAGUAAUUUUGUUCCGACGUUGAAAAAUGGUUCAAAUAGAAAUAUCAACAAGUCGAAUUCAUACCAGCAGUUGCAUACACAGAUUCAAAAAUCUGAUUUAUUUGUACCAAUGAUGGUUGGCAAGAAAGUAUUCCGUCCACCUCAACAACAACAACAACAACAACAACAACAACAACAACAAAUUCAACAGCAACAAAUUCAGCAAAUGCAACAACAACAACAAACUCAGCAAAUGCAACAACAUCAGCAAACUCAGCAAAUGCAACAACAUCAGCAAACUCAGCAAAUGCUUCAGCAGCAACAAACUCAACAAAUGCAACAACAGAUGUACAUUCCACAUAGCCCCUCUCAAAACAAUAUCAAUCAUGGUGGUGCCCCUUCUACUGUCAUAUCACAGAGAAUUAAUGCUAACACGGCAGUCAAAACUCCUCCUCAAUCACCUCAGUUGGCCUCUUUUAAAAACACCCAGUCACCAAAAAUGCCCCAUCACGUAAACUUACGAAACAACACCUCUUUUGGGUCACCAGCAAGUGCUGCUGCAUUAGCUGCUGCAGGCAGCAGUUCAAGACAAUUUGGACAAUCAAACAGUGAUCCACCGCAAUCCAAUCAACAGACAGCUGCCCCAGCUGUUAAACGUAAUCCUUCUUAUAAACAACAGCCCAUUUCAAAGAAUUUGCCCAAGUUACCGCCAACUCCGAUCCAUACAGCUUCGUCCAGCCAAGCUUCUACUCCACAAUCGCAAAAGCCUCCGGCUCCAGUUUCAAAACCAGUUUCAAAACCAGCCAUUGUAUCACACGCGAUUACAUUGCUGGAGAUAUCAGGUCUCUUACUUGAGAACGAAAAGAUCUUAAAAAUGGAUACGAUUUUGAAACUGCAAUUAAAUCACCAAGUAUUGAAGCGAAAACCCAGCCAAUCACUUGACGAUUCGGUCAUUGAUAAUUUAAUUAAACAGCAUCAGUAUAAAUUGAAGAAAUCUUCCGUUCCAGUGGUUACAGUAGUAACAAAUUUGGCCAGAGUUUUCUUUAUAGAUGCUAGCUUAAAUGUGAUGUUAAUAGACUUGAAGGCUAACCAAGGAAGCGAUUACCUGAUGUACGAUUACGAAUUUGAGAAUGCCAGCGAUAGCGAUGAAAAUGAUGAUGUCGUUAGUCUACAAGAUGGGUAUCUCAUUAUUGAAUUAAUCAGAGAAGGAGGGGAUUUGAUAUUUCUUAAGAAAAUCACCGGCUUGGAUAAGUUGUCACUAACUGAGACUGUGAAGAUUGUGAAGAAGAAUGGUGCCGAAAUUCAACUAGGUCAGAAUUUUGGGUGGAUCGACUGUUUACUUAUGGCCAAGGAGAUGGUGUCCAAAGAGCAACAGACCCCACUGCAGAAUCAAAAGCAGCAAGCAAAGCCAAGCACCAAAAAGGUUCCAAGCAGCAACGAGGUCAAGAAGAACGUCAAGAAGACGGGUGUAGCAGGCAAUAAACAGGCGCCUCCCAAGUUAAGGAGAUCAGAGAGUAGCUCACCUUCAAGUAUAUCGCCUACACAAAAACCAAUUAGUAAAUUUGCAUAUGCUGCAGCAGCUGCUGUACAUAAAUAG